AUGACGAAUUCUCAGCUGGUUGUGGAGGAGCCGAUCACUCAUGUGAUUUUCGAUUUCGAUGGACUUUUGGUGGACACCGAACCGAAUUACACCUUUGCGAAUAACAUGAUGCUGAAUCGCUUUGGAAAGGAUUUUACAGUGGAACUAAAGAAAGGGCAAAUGGGUAAAAAACAUGACGAGUCAAUUGAAUGGUUGUUGGAACAGACGGGUUUAACGGGAAAAAUUACGAUCGAGGAUUAUUCGAAAGAUUAUGACGCAUGCCUCUUCGAAUUGCACACAAAGUCACCAGCAAAACCAGGGGCUGAGAAACUUGUUCGACAUUUUAUAGAUCACGGAAUUCCUACUGCAAUUUGCACAGGCUCAGAUACAAAGGAUUUUCCGAUUAAGAGUGCGAAUCAUAAGCAUUGGAUCGAUCUUAUACCACUGCAAGUUUUAACUGGCGAUGAUCCGAUGGUUAAGCGAGGAAAACCGUUCCCGGAUGGUUUUUUGGAAACAAUGAAAAGAUUUGAGAGUCCACCGAAGUCCGCGAGAAAUAUUUUGGUGUUUGAAGAUGCGCCAAAUGGUGUCAAGGCGGCACUUGCAGCGGGAAUGCAUUGUAUAAUGGUGCCCGAUCCACUUUGGCGUCCCGAACCCGAGUUUGCAGCACAAAUCACGCAGGUUUUGGAUUCACUGGAACAUUUUGUGCCUUGUCACUUUGGACUACCGAAAUUUUCGAUC